GGCGCCGCCGCGGCCGUGUCGCUGAGGGCGGACGGCGUCGGGCGCGCUGGGCUGUGCGGCCGUCGCUGCCUGGCACGCGGGGCGCGCCUUGACCCUUCCUGCACUGCAGGCUUCCGACGCGCGCGAAGACCGCGGCUGCGCGGCCGGGAGCUUGCUCCGAGCGGACCUGGCUCUGCCUGAGGAGCGGCGGCUCGCGAAGAAGCGUCUCCCCGGGAGUGGGCCGAGGGCUGUGUGGACCGGCGGCGGCCCCUCUGCACCAAGCUGCGGUUUCUGUUAAAAUAAGCAUUCUGACAAACUGCUGAAGAGAGAGCCCUGAUAGACUAGGAUAUUUUAAAGAACUGUUGAAGACGAAGGUUUUUAUUUUUGUGUGUUUUUUAAUGGCUUUACAGAAUAUUAAACAGAAUACUGUUUGACAUGACGGCAAAAAAUGUUGGUUUGCCAUCCACAAAUGCAGAGCUGAGGGGCUUUAUAGAUCAGAAUUUCAGUCCAACGAAAGGUAAAUAAAUACCUACAAGUGGAAUUGCUGGGUCAUACGGUCUGUCUUAGUUCAUUUCAUGUGGCUAUAACAAGAUACCUAAAUACUUAAUAAAAUUAAGAGGUGUAUUUAGGUCACAGUUUUGGAGGCCACAAUUGCAAAAUCAACUCUGGCCUUUUGGUAACAUUUCACUUGUUGCCUUUCCAGUUUCAAGCACCAACUCACCAACAAAGAUUUUACCGAAAACCUUAGGGCCAAUAAAUGUGAAUGUUGGACCCCAAAUGAUUAUAAGCACACCGCAGAGAAUUGCCAAUUCAGGAAGUGUUCUGAUUGGGAAUCCAUAUACCCCUGCACCCGCAAUGGUCACUCAGACUCACAUAGCUGAGGCUGCUGGCUGGGUUCCCAGUGAUAGAAAACGAGCUAGAGAAUUUAUAGACUCUGAUUUUUCAGAAAGUAAACGAAGCAAAAAAGGAGAUAAAAAUGGGAAAGGCUUGAGACAUUUUUCAAUGAAGGUGUGUGAGAAAGUUCAGCGGAAAGGCACAACGUCAUACAAUGAGGUAGCUGAUGAGCUGGUAUCUGAGUUUACCAACUCAAAUAACCAUCUGGCAGCUGAUUCGGCUUAUGAUCAGAAGAACAUUAGACGAAGAGUUUAUGAUGCUUUAAAUGUACUAAUGGCGAUGAACAUAAUUUCAAAGGAAAAAAAAGAAAUCAAGUGGAUUGGCCUGCCUACCAAUUCUGCUCAGGAAUGCCAGAACCUGGAAAUCGAGAAGCAGAGGCGGAUAGAACGGAUAAAGCAGAAGCGAGCCCAGCUACAAGAACUUCUCCUUCAGCAAAUUGCUUUUAAAAACCUGGUACAGAGAAAUCGACAAAAUGAACAACAAAACCAGGGCCCUCCAGCUGUGAAUUCCACCAUUCAGCUGCCAUUUAUAAUCAUUAAUACAAGCAGGAAAACAGUCAUAGACUGCAGCAUCUCCAGUGACAAAUUUGAAUACCUUUUUAAUUUUGAUAACACCUUUGAGAUCCACGACGACAUAGAGGUACUGAAGCGGAUGGGAAUGUCCUUUGGUCUGGAGUCAGGCAAAUGCUCUCUGGAGGAUCUGAAAAUCGCAAAAUCCCUGGUUCCAAAAGCUUUAGAAGGCUAUAUUACAGAUAUCUCCACAGGACCUUCUUGGUUAAAUCAGGGACUACUUUUGAACUCUACCCAAUCAGUUUCAAAUUUAGACCCGACCACCGGUGCCACUGUACCCCAAUCAAGUGUAAACCAAGGGUUGUGCUUGGAUGCUGAAGUGGCCUUAGCAACUGGGCAGCUCCCUGCCUCAAACAGUCACCAGUCCAGCAGUGCAGCCUCUCACUUCUCGGAGUCCCGCGGCGAGACCCCCUGUUCAUUCAACGAUGAAGAUGAGGAAGAUGAAGAGGAGGAUCCCUCCUCCCCAGAAUAAAGACAGGAGAGAACUCAUGUUUUAAUAUUUGAUGCUCAUAUGUGUCUUUAGUGUGAGCUCUUGUGUUUUGAAAUGAUUGCUUCAGUCUUUGCCUUUGUUUGCAUUUGUGUUUAGUGAAAACUAGAGAAACACAAUAAGCAAAUCACUUGAAGGCUGAGAUGAUUGAACUGAAAGUUCCCAUAGCGUGGAUGAAACCGAGCAGCAGAGCAGCAGGACAUGGCCAACAAAGCGUGCUUUCUGAGGACGUGGAGAGUGGCAGUGACGAAGGUCAUUUGUUUUCAGGGAGGUAGGGUUUAAAGACCCCCAGUGGGAGCAUUUAGAUGGCAGGCGGCUGCAAGGAGUCUGCAGUGGUAACAGCUUCUCUCUAGCCUGGCUGGCUUUGGUAGGCAAAAGUGAACUUGGAAGUCACAGUGGGAUCAGAGGGGUGUAGGUUGCGAUCCUUGUCGCCUGAGGAGCCGGUGGACUGCUGAGCUAGUCCAGGGGUAGCCGGUCCCCUCAUGCAUCUGCUGCCUUAGCUUCUAGAACGGAGCAAGCUUUUACGUACCUAGGUGACAUGUAGAAAAAUUUACAGUAAACUGAAAUGACCAUUUGUCAAUGCAUUGGUGCAUAGGAGUUACUAGGGCUACUUCUGGAAGCCAAAAUAGAAUAGCAUCUCCAUGUGCAUUAAAAACUUCGCCAGCACUGCCUUUUGCCAGCAUUCUAAAUUUGGAGUUUUACUGAGAAGGAAACUGUUUUUAUAGUUUUAAUCAGAGCUAUGCAUUUCAUACAGCUUUUUAAUUUACAAUGAAACAAAGAAACAAAUUCCUUUGACCAAAUUGCUUGUCUAUAGUUGUCUGCAGUACUGUAUGAUUUUACCCAUGUGCAAUUUGUAAAAUGAACCAGAUGUCACUACUUUUGUCUUUAUUUCAAGAAUAUGGCCAUCACUGUUCUCUUAUACAUGUUCUUUUCCAUAUUUUAAUUAUCAAAAUGACCAUAUCAGACUUAUUCCUGGGUAAAUUGCAUUUCAAACUAACUCAAUAUUCAGUGUUUUUGUUAAAACCUUGAACACUCCAGUUGACUGCAUCUGUGCUAGUGUGGUAUAUCAUACAUGAUCUUAAAGCCAAAGAUGCCAUGAAAAUACUGCAGUAUGGCUGUGAUUUCUGCUUCUCCAUGUAGGGGAGCAUGGGACAUCCACUGCCACGCCAAACUCAACUUACCAAUACAUUACGGCCUUGAAAGGGAGCAGAGAGUGGCUGGAGAAUCAAUUCUGACACCGGCUAAAGUUGCAGCUGUUGUAUCUGGUUUCUGUGAGUCCUGCACCAAGUUCAGCCCAAAAUGAUAUUCUUUUCAGUCCUGUGGGGGAAGGACCGGCUUUAUCUCAUGAUGCCUUUCUGAGACUUGACCGUUAUGAGCUGAACAUAAAAAGUUUUGGCUGGCUUAUGUGAUUGAGGCCAUUAACACUGAUAAGUAUGAAUAUACAGAUAUGGCUUAGGUUUCUUCAAGAGGAAACAUAUUCUGUCCGAAGGAAACUGUAGUGCGAGCCCAGAGUGUUCAAAGGCGCCAAGGUCCUGGCAGGUUACAAAGGGUUUUGUGUUGGCAUGAGUUCUGGAACACAUCUCAGGCUGUCAGAGCAAAGUGAUCCAGAAUGCAACAGGAGCUACCUCCUGUAACCACUACAAUGUCUGUCCUUGGGAAGGUAGCAAGACCUGAAGAUUGGAGAUGUCAGGGUCCAUAAGAUGCUUUUUUAGUCUUCAGAAUACCGAGCUACUGGUCCUAAGAUGUUUCAGACUUAAAGCAAAUGCAUGUGUUACACCCAUCCCGUUUACCAUAUUACCAAAUCCUCACAAGAGGUUUCAAGGAACUGUUUCGCUUGAUCUGCACCCUGCUGCUGUGUUCUGUGCUUUACACUGACAGAACCUGGGUUUUCAGUUGGCAAUCAUGGAAAGCAUGUUGUGUGGCUCUGAUCCUAGUAUUUGGGAAACAGAGACAGAAAGGUUAGAUCUUAAAAGUCAAUCUCGGCUACAUAGUGUGAGUCAAGGCCAGCUUGGGCUACAUGACACCCUGUCCAGGGGAGGAGGUGGGCAAGCUAACCGAAAGACUCCAUCUUUGUGUGCCCCACCCCUGGACAUAUACUGCUAAGGACAUCUCAAUACUAGACUCAGUCAGGAGUGGUGGUGACACUUGUAAUCCUAGACAGGCAAAAGGGUCACCAGAGGCUUGAGGCCAGCCAGGGCUCCAUAAGGAGAUCAGCCGCCCCCACCCACACACACACCAAGAAAAGGCGGGGUGAGGGAGGGAUCUAAGUAGAAAAAGAUGAGUUCUGAUCUUCUUUAUCUCUUCUAAACUGUGUUUAUAUUGCUCUGGGUCCAACAACACUAAAUCAUAGUUUAACACAGGAAUCAAAAUGGAAGCCACGGGGAGCAUAGCAUGUGGGUUUCUUUGUAGGAGGGCACUUAGGUCCCUUGCACACAGCCAUUCCCUAGCGCAAAGGUGCUGGUCACACUGCUUACUGAGGCGCUGAAGAGGCUCCCCCCACCCCCUUGAGGGUCAGUUUGUUAUUUCUCAAGUAUACAGCACCGAGGUCAGUCAGUUGUCACUCCCUGAUGACGUGUAGCUGCCCGCUCACUCCAUGUGAAGAAGAGCUCCAGCAGGCUACACAGAGAUGCUCAGCCCUCAGCGCUUGCAGGCUUCCCGUCACGUGUCCCUGCUGGAAGGCUAUUCAGUGUUUGUAUUUAUUGUGCCUUACAUAGGAAGGAAGGGACUCAACUGAAUCCCUCCUCCCUCUAAACAGUCCCCCAGAAAACAGGCUGGUGGCCAUGUGCUUUGCAUCUUUCUUAUUUGAUUCUUUUAAAGAAGUGUAGGGAGGAAAACCUGUCAUUUUUGUUGUUUUGCCAGAAUGAAUGACGAUAACUCCUCCUGUUAACAAAACUAUACUUAAAGCAGUAGCAGUACUCUGCCAAUUUUAGAAGGUAAUUCCCAGAUCUGUUCUCAGCAAGAAAGUACCCUGUUGGAUAGUCCAGAUGAAGAAGUGGCUCACUAUAUAUCCCUGCAUAGAUUCCUAAUUAUGCCGUUUCUAAAUCUUAACCGAUUUCUUGAACAGUGUUUAAGUACAGUGUGAUUUGUGCCCCGAGACAGUCAGAACAGAGUGUGUGUGCUCGUCCGACUGACAGACAGACAGGCAGGCAGGCAGACAGACAGGCAGGCAGAAUAAGCAGAUGACAGAAAUGGUUUCAGCAGUUUGUGCUGUAACCAUGCCUAGAGCAAGAAACCUGCUCAGUUUUAUAAGCUCCCUUCCCAACCAAAAUGGCUUAUCGUCAUUCAAAAAACCUGUGACAUAGGCAGGCCUUGGAAUUUUGCUCCUUUAGUGGUAAGCAUGGGGCAUGGUUUGCUUUGGGGGGAGGAUGUUAAAAUCCAGAACUUAGCUAGUUAGUACCUGCAAGGCAGGUGAGGGCUCUAGCAAGCCCAUGAAGUUCUCAGUGAGCCUCAUUCCCUAGAGCUGAACCUCCACUGCAGGCCCCAAAUCUGAGAUCACAUGAUCUUUACACUGCUAAUUCAUAAAGAUGCAUAAUACAGAAAGCCUGUGAACACAUGGAAGAUGAUCCUCAUGGUAUGUAUGGUCUGUGUCUUUGGUGAAAUGCAGACUAGAUACCUAAGAACCAGCUUCCCAGUGGGGCUCCCUACUUUGUGUGCACCUUGGGCAGUGCCUCUGGGCACUAAUGUUCAUUAGUCCAAGUUUUUGAAGAUCUGCACACAGUAAGUGAUCCUCAGAAAUGUCCCUUCCAGCUCACAAACUCAGUUGGCCCGUGCUCCGUUCACCUGCGAAGGGCAGCCUAAUAUGAAGAUUGAUCCUUCAAUUUUUUUCCUGUUCAUUUUAGUGCUAAAAGGCUUUUAUAAAUUAUAAUAAGCCUCAGGAAGAAGCAAGCCUCUUACAUAUUAGGAAAAUACCUGAAAAGUUAGUUCAUUUGUCAGAUCCAGUUUUCCUACAUACAUCUUUGUUCACAGUAUGCUAAGGGGAAAAAAAAAUUUAGGAUAGAAAACUUGAGCAUUGUAUAUGUUUCCUGGAUGUCCUUGACGGGUACAAACACUGAUGUGGUGGUAGCCAUCCCACAUGGUGUCCAGAGGAAAGCUACGCGCAUUUAUACUGUCUGUUCUGUACAGUUCUCUCAGAUAAUGACAAUAGCUUGGGAUUUUUUUUUUUUUUAAUGUAGAAAAACCCUGUAGAACCAGUGCUUUGGCCACUUUCAUGCUAGCAGAGUGGACCUUGGUCCUCCCUGCUUAGAAAGCUACUUUAGAAGCCAUUGUAGCCACAGUGGAAAGUCAAGGUUUGUGUCUUUUCUACUGAGGUCUCAGAAAGAGAGAGAACAUCUCUCCGGACCCCCUGACUCAGAGCCUCGUGGCCCGGCAUCCCUUAGCCUCUAUAGCAGUGUGCUCAAAAGCCCUGGCUCAACAAAGCACAUCUUCACCACGCUCCAUCCGGACAACUCCAGUCUUGCCAACAAGUGCCAAAUAUCUGAGGAACCCAGGAACCCAGGGGAUCCCUUCCCCCAAGCCCGUCAGUAGCGUCAGCUUGGGGCCUCUCGGGACUCCUGUUGUAGGUGGUCCCAGUCACAAGAAACCCUCUCCAGGCAAGAGGCCAUUCAGUCUGUACAUUGUCGGGACCGGAGAGGUGGGACUGCCAUCUGGGCCUCGGUGGCUUGUUUCCAACCAAAUUAUCUGGGCUUCAGAAGCCAUCCCUUUGCUAUGCUUGACACCAAACUCAGUCACUCCACCUCAGUCAUGACCUGAUAUAAAAGCCGUGCUAGUUUCCCGAGUUCAGACUCUCAGCUUUGGUUUGGUUUUGGUUUUGGUUUUUUGUUCUUCAUACUCAAGUGUCUCCGUUGGUCCAGAUACUUCUCUGUGAAAGUGGCCUCUCUACAGGGUGCCGUUCUGUUUUUUCCCAGUAGUACAAGGCCAGUGUCCUGAGCAAUGGGACCAGUUCUCCACCUGCUCUGACUGCUCAGGAGGCCUGGGUUCCCAUCUACCCUGUCACACUUCACCAGAAGGGAGAAGGUUGUUGCCAGUCACCAGGGAGCUCACUUUCCACUUGGAGACGCUUUGCUCUGCUUGUGCACCGCCAGCUUCUGUCUCCAGAAAAGUGUAACUUUGCUCUGUUUCUGCAUGAAGCACACAUACUCUGGUGUCAACACGCUAAGUAGUUUAAAUGAGGGAAAGGAAAAUGCAGACCACAUCUUGCCUGCCUCGUAAGCGUUUCCUCCCUGAAUUGAAGUACAUAGGCUAAUAUAUUAUUUUGUAGUAUCUCAGACUUUGCAUAAAUACUAUUAUUUUUGUAUGGAAUUUUUUACAGAAGAGCUAUUUCUGUAUAUGUAAUUAUUUGUGUUUUUUGAAAUGCCUUCCGUAGGUAACCGACAGUCUUAAGCAGUGCUCCACUAACGGUCACUCAGGGACCACCUACCCAGAACAGACGGGGAAUUGAAAUUUUUUACUCCCUCUACCCACUCCAGACAGAAGCUCAGGGUGUGUCUAGGAAGCAUUAGUUUUAAAAAGCUGAGUGAUUUUUUUUUUUUCAUCAAUCCACACAUUUUUGUCCAUUGCUGUAAGAGAAGAAAACAUCUGAAAUGAGUAUGUUGAGCUUGAGGAAAAUUGUAUCAUAUAUUCUGUGAUUUGAGAUACAGAAAAAAAUAAAUAAUUUAAAAUAA